ACGCCAGCAAAUGCAAAGCGAUAAACUUUCGAAUCAGCUGGCAUAGCUUUUAAUUUCAUAAACAAUGCACAUUUUGCGUUAGGUCAGCUACAAACAAACCCAGAAACUGGUUUGCCAGCCAAUUGAUAGCAAGCACGUAUCUUAUCUGAGUGCAAAUAACAACAUAUUACUCACAACAAUAAAGAACGACGUGUCUUGAGGUUGCGUUCGAUUAGAACAGGGAUUUUAAUUUCAGUUUUAUUUCAACCGUUUCGGAAAUGAGUGCCAGAAGUAUAGAAGAUCUCCAUGUGGACUGCCUAUACUAUAUAUUUGAAUAUUUGUCCCCUGAUGAUCGCGUUACUUUUGCACAAGUAUGCCAGAGAUUUCGGCAGGUUUUCAUCAAUCAGUUCAGUAUGAAAUAUCGCGAAUUUACCAUCGAUAAAGACAGUGCGAGGCAUGAGCUAAUACAAUUUUGCAUCUGCCGGGAAGCUGUAGAAUCUUUAACCAUUGAUCUGGAUCACUUUGAUACGGCUAGAUGUUUUAGAACCUAUGGAUGUGAAGCACCGGUAAACUGUUUUGCGAUUCUUUACCAGACUUUGACCGGAAUGAUAGGAUUAGAGAACUUGGUUGUAAAGCAACUGUCGAUGCUCGUCACACCCGUUGUCAAACCCUUCGAUCAAAUUCUUACUGCCGUAAGACAUUUGCCGGAACUUAAACGAUUGGAAAUUCAUGCAAAAGAUGACUGCAGCGUGGAUCGUCUGACUCAACUUCAGCACCUCGAAGAAAUUAAGAUCCUCAUACCAAGAUUACCAACUCCAAUCCUGGUGAAAUGCUGCAAAUCGAAUGGCAAUAUUCGCAGCCUUCAUUUGGGCUAUUCCUGUGUGCAGAAAAAUUUAAGAGACAUAGUUCCCCACUGCAAAAACUUGGAGGUUCUCAAGUUUGGAAUGUCCGCAAAAUCUUCGGAAUACCUCCCAUUGGCUAGGCUUCCAAAACUCAGGGAGCUCUCGUAUUCCGGAAUUCGCAAGAGCGGCUCCUUUGAGCCACUCCUUUCGGCUUUGGCAGUCAAAUCACAGUUGACUCACCUGUCCAUCGAAGGAGGAAGUCUUACUUUGCAGGAGACCUGCCAGUUAGUCCGUAUCCAGAGCUUAAGGAACCUAAAAUGCUUUUGUUCGGAGACUGAGUGCGUUGAGAUGCUGGCCUGUCUGGCUAAUUUAGAGGAACUCUGCCUCUCCAUGUUCCGACCACUAGAUAUUUCCAAUUCCUUACUGCCAAUCAUAGCAAACUGUAAAAACAUGAAGCUCCUUCGAAUUGCGGUGGGUAAUGUCGAUGCAAACUUUGUAAACAAUGCCAUAAGACUUCAUAAAACUGGAGAAAAGGAUAACAGCUCGAUGGUAAUGGUAGUAGAUAAAUAGAUAAUAAUAACAUAUUAAUUG